AUGGCUCUUGGCAGACAUCCACUCCUUCAUUCCAUGGCGGCCCUGUGGCUGCUGGCGCUGUUCGUCCCGCUGGCCCACGGCAUCGCGUUCAGGUCGGAGGUCAAGCGGCAAGCAGACCGCAAGAUCGCACACGCUGAGGGGCGCGCCGCGGCCUCGCUGGCGAGGGUCGCGCAGUACGAGCGCGCCAUCGAGGCCCGCGCGAACGCGUCCAAGGGGCCCCUGCUCGUGCCGCCAGACCUGUCGAGGCCGAGGCAGGGCCGCGCCAGCCUCCUGGGCGUGGACUCGAGCCAGGCCCUCGCGGGGAGCGGGGAGUUCCAGCCCUCGGAGGAGUUCCAGAGAGCCGGCCAGGAGACCAGCGAUGGCGUCGAGCUGCCCUGGGGCGUGGGCACCCCGCGCGGGGGGGACAGCUGGGUGGAGCACCAGUACUCGGCCAUGCACAUGCUCGACGUUCCCCACUGGGUCGAGUACAGCCUGGAAACCGGGGAUAACAUCCAGACCUUCAGCAACGCUUGGCAGGACGUCAAGCUCAUCACGCAGGUGCUCGAGAACGUCACCAACGGCUUCUACCUGGACACCCACGGCGGGGAUGGCGAGACCCACAGCUACACGCUCCUGCUCGAGCUCACUGGCUGGCGCGGCCUCAUCCUGGAGCCUCAAAUAUACGAGUUCGCGACGCUGUGGGGCAAAAUGAGGAAGGCGUGGAUUUUCUUGGGGUGCUUAUCACCGACAGGGAACGCCACGAAGCUCGGCUUCGACACCGCUGGCGUACUCGACAUGCUGAGCGGUCACCAGAUCCACGCCUACAACCUGCCCACCUUCAUGGAAGAGCUGGGCGGUCGCAAGACCAUUGAUUUCUGGGCCGUCCACAACGGUCACUAUGAGGCAGAGGUCCUGAACGAGACAUUUUUUUAUCCGGAAGAACAUCGAGUUCGGAGUCGUGUUGGUCCGCUUCGAUGGCCGUCGGUCUGGUCGUGGCUACCAGUGGUUCGCUCAGCACAGGUCCAAAGACGAAACCGAAGAGCUCAUCUUUGA